UAUUAUCAUAAUAUGCCCACAUUCAUAUAAACUAUAUAGUCUAAAUGUAAGAUUAUUAUUCAAACAUUUUUUGGCUGACAUGUCUUUGCUAAAAAGUUAGUUCAGUGCGGAAAGUAAAUCCUCAGCCUCUUCCACCCCCUGGGUUCUCUUUUUUUCUGUUUUAAAGAGAGAAAAUAGUUAUAGCUAGAAUAAAUAAAAAAGUAAAGAAAUGAAGUAUGGGUUAUGAAUUGACAUUGAACAAUCAUUAGAUGAUCUCCCUUCUCCGCUUCACAACUCGUACUGCAUCCAACCAUUCCAACACACGCUUUUAUUCAACUGAUGCAACCAGCAGUGCUCCUAAGGUCGGUGCCUUCCGUGGAGGUAUCAUUGGAUUCCUUUUAGGAGUAACAGCUGCAGGCUCUGCUGGCUAUUAUUAUUUACUAGAUGAAUACAAUAGUGCGUCUGCCUCUCUUUUAAUGUCAGUCAACGAACUUCAAGCAUCUACGGAUAAGGUCAAAGACUACGCACGUCGAAUUGAGACAGUUGAUAGAGAUGUUGCAAAAUUAAAGGCAAUGGCAGCUACUAAACAAGAAUUGACUGAUAUGAAAGUAGAUUUACGUAAAUUAUAUGAUACACUCAAUAUGGAGCAUCUUGAGUUGAAAACUCAUGUUUGGGGAUUAGAAAAAGACUUGAGCACCACAUUAAACGGACAACAGCAACCAAAGCAUGAAUCAUAACUUUUUUGUUUCGUGCGACAGAUCUUUUCAUUUUUGGAAUUUGUUAACCAAUAAAAUAUUGUUUGCAUGAAUCGAAUCAGCUUGUCUCUACUCAUCCUAUAUGCAGCAAUUCAUUUGAUAUAAUCUAUACAUAUCUAAUUAUCAUCAAAUCAGAAUAAAGCUAGUAUCAAACCAAUAUGAUUGCUCAUUAAUUAUAAACAAUGGCACAAGUUAGAAAAAUAGAUAAUAAAAUGUGUGUUGAUAUGACUAUUUAUAAAUAAU